CCUCGUCUCCCAUUCCCCAACGUCGGUCCCGGUGGUUUUCCAAACGUCCUGCCUGGUGCUGGGAUGCCAUACCCUGCUCUUCCUCCUCCUCCCGGGGCCUUUCCUCCAUUUCCGUUCCAGCAGAGGAGUCCGCCUUUCAUGGAUCUUGCCAAUCCCCAGCCUCCCCAGCCGUCGCCACAGAGGCCUCAGCUUCCUGGAGCUCCCCCUGGGAUAGAGGUGCAGGCCCGGGAGGUGCCCGGACAACCGGGUGUCCUCUACGUCCCAUCUAUAGUGGCUCCCUUGGUUCAGCGCUCUCCAUACCUACCCAGCAUGCAGUUUGACUCUCCUGUUGCCGAGGAGACGCUCACAGAGCAGACAGAUCACACACUUGACAAUGACACGACACAGCAAGAUGUUCCUAUGGAGGGUGAAGUCACUGACUAUGCCCCAACACUAGAGGGCAGUGCAGUUUUUAAAGCCCUCCAGUGACCUCCCCUGCUGCACUACUUUGGUCUUCACGCUCUUCAUGAUACGCUGCUGCUGGUGAUGAUGAUGAUGACGUUGAUGAUAGGUGUCCCUAUGCCGAACAUCUUCAAUUAAAUCACUGCUAAAAACAGAUCAAAGUUUACUUCAU